AUGAAGUUCUCCACCACAUUUUCUGCAUUGCUAUGCGCACUGUCUCUCGGGGUCAGUGCCGCCCCGGUUGAUUCUGGGUCUGACCUUAGCCUCAGAGUGAACACCCCGGCUCCCGUCACCGUCGAGACACCAAAUUUCAAGAGAAUUAAGGAAGCUCACGCCGGCCUGGUGAACGGGAAAAGAUACGUCUUCACCCAGACAAACCCGAUCAAUGCACAAGAGACAGACCAAAAGACCAAGGACCUUGAAAAAGCAUUGGGAUUUAGCCACAUUUAUCUGGUGGUUGGAGAUGUCACUUCAUCAUCGAAAACCGCCGAUAAGGGCAAGAACAAAGGCCAAGUGACAACGACAUGGGAUUUCCAGGGCAAGGAGUUUGAUAUGACACUCAAGGCUUCCGAUAAAACGAAAACCGAACAACGCGAGCCUAGAAAGUGGGAGUCCAAGUAUGCUACUCAGAAGACAAUCAAAUAUGUCAAGGAGACUACGAAGACAUUGGAUGCCAUCAAGGCACAUGGUGCCAAGUACGUUGCGGGCCACCCAAUCUACAGCUACGACCCCAAGGGAAACAACUGCAAUGCCUAUGUCAACGACUUGAUAACUUUCACUUAG